UACGUGAUGGAAGAACAUUUGGCCAUCGUGGGCAAAAAUGCGACAGACUUCCAAGAAUUGUUGAAGAUUAAACGAGCCAGACUUAAAGAAGAGCUCGAUUUGUAUGCCAGACAAGUGGAAGAAUUCCAACAUUUAGGAAAUCUAGAAGAACUCGGCAAAUAUCUUAAACGAGCUCAACUCUUAAAUGGCAAACUUCAAGCGGCUUCCGACAAAGCAGACCGACUUAACCGAGAAGAGGAAAUGUUUGAGGUUCCCGUUACCAAUUAUCCGUUGAGGAAACAGGUGUCUGACAAAUUGUCCCCAUACUUGCGACUUUACGAAAGUGGGGCCGAAUUCCUGGAGAAGAGCGCACUCUGGCUGAACAGCCAAGUUGGGACCCAUGAUCCUGAAGUGAUUGAAAAUGACGUGAUGAAUUUAUGGCGAACUGUGUACCGACUGGAGAAAACUUUUAACGAUAUUCCAUUAGUUAGGGAUUUAGUUGUUCAGAUCAAAGGAUUAAUCGAAGUCUUCAAAGAAAAACUUCCAAUCAUUCAAACUCUUGGAAAUCCUGGACUUCGAGAUCGUCACUGGGAAAAGAUUUCAGAAAUCGUUGGAUUUACGAUACGGCCAUCGCCAGAACUCACUCUACAAAAAAUUAUUGACAUGAAUUUAGAAGAACAUCUCCCCAAAUUCGAACUGAUCAGUGAAGCUGCCUCCAAGGAGGCCAGUUUGGAGAGGAAUCUCGAGAAAAUGAAGGUGGAAUGGUUGUCCAUCCAAUUCCAAGUUGUUGCACUGAGAGAAUCUCACGUAAUUUCAUCGAUCGAUGAAAUUCAAGUAAUUCUUGAUGAUCAUAUCAUAAAAACUCAAACAAUGUUGGCCUCACCGUUUGCCAAGCCGUUUAUGGAAGAGAUGACUGCUUGGGAAAGAGAUCUAGUUCUCCUUCAAGAAAUUUUGGACGAAUGGGUCAAAGUGCAGAUGGCUCGGUUAUACUUGGACCCGAUUUUCUCCUCUCCCGACAUUAUGACACAAAUGCCCGAAGAAGGUCGUCGCUUCAUGAAUGUCGACAAAACCUACAGAGACAUUAUGAAAUACAUUUUGAACGAUCCCAGAGUCUUGUCAAUUAUCAAAUUUGACAAGAUUGUCGAGAAGUUGAAGAAGGCCAACAAUUUAUUGGACUUGAUCAACAAAGGGCUCAACGGAUACUUGGAAAGGAAGCGGUUGUACUUUCCAAGAUUCUUUUUCUUGUCGAACGACGAGCUGUUGGAAAUUUUGGCAGAAACCAAAGAUCCAAAACGUGUCCAACCCCAUCUGAAAAAAUGCUUUGAAGGAAUUGCCAGAAUUACUUUUACUGAAGAUUUGGAAAUCACGCAUAUGCAAUCAUCGGAAAAUGAAGUGAUUAAAUUAAAUAGCAUUAUCAAUACGGAAAGUGCUCGAGGUGCGGUCGAGAAAUGGUUGGUGGAGUUGGAACAGCUCAUGAAAAAGAGUAUUCACCGAGAAAUUGAGCUUGCUCUGGUCGAUUACGUCACAAAAAAUCGUAACAACUGGGUCCUGGAAUGGCCAGGACAAGCCGUUUUGUGCGUGACUUCCACAUUUUGGACGACCUUAAUUCACGAAGCUUUCGAAAAAAGAGGAAACGCUUUGAAGGAUUAUCUUGACGUGAAUAACGAGCAAAUUAACGACAUUGUUGCUCUCGUAAGAGGAAAACUCAGUAAACAGAAUCGUACCACGCUUGGGGCACUUGUUGUUCUUGAUGUCCAUGCUCGAGACGUGUUAGCCCAACUGGUUAAGAACGGGGUCAACAAUGACAAGGAUUUUCAGUGGCUGGCACAGCUUCGAUAUUACUCCGAGGAUGGUCACACAAUCACAAGGAUGAUCAAUUCCAGCUUGCCGUAUGGGUACGAAUAUUUAGGAAAUACGCCCAGAUUGGUCAUCACACCGCUGACAGAUCGAUGUUACAGAACUUUGUUUGGAGCUUUGCACCUCCACUUAGGUGGAGCUCCGGAAGGACCUGCCGGAACAGGGAAAACAGAAACCACAAAGGAUCUCGCAAAAGCCGUCGCAAAACAAUGUGUUGUGUUCAAUUGUUCUGACGGAUUGGAUUAUAUUGCACUUGGGAAAUUUUUCAAGGGACUCGCAUCUUGUGGGGCUUGGUCAUGUUUUGACGAAUUUAACCGAAUCGAUUUGGAAGUGCUGUCCGUAGUCGCGCAGCAAAUUCUGACAAUUCAACGAGGAGUCAACAGUGGGUCGAACAAGCUGCUGUUUGAAGGCACCGAGCUAACGUUGGACCCCACUUGCGCCGUAUUUAUCACGAUGAAUCCAGGCUACGCUGGGAGAAGUGAACUUCCCGACAAUCUCAAAGCCUUGUUUAGGUCGGUGGCCAUGAUGGUGCCAGAUUACGCCUUGAUCUCUGAAAUAUCUUUGUAUUCUUGCGGCUUCGUGAAUGCGAGACCAUUAGCGGUGAAAAUCGUUGCAACUUAUCGACUAUGUUCUGAACAACUGUCUUCUCAGUCUCAUUACGAUUACGGAAUGCGAGCCGUGAAAUCUGUCCUAAUCGCGGCAGGAAACCUCAAAUUGAAAUAUCCUGAUGAGUCUGAAGAUAUCUUGGUGCUCCGGUCAAUCAAGGAUAUUAACCUGGCAAAAUUUCUGUCCCAUGAUCUCCCCUUGUUUCAUGGUAUCACAUCCGAUUUGUUCCCUGGGAUCAAACUUCCAGAGCCAGAUUAUGAACUCUUUGACUUGGCUGUGCAACGCACCUGUGUCACAAACAAUUGGCAGUGCACUCCUUUCUUUUUAGAGAAAGUACAACAGAUUUACGAAAUGAUGUUGGUCCGUCACGGGUUCAUGAUUGUUGGAUAUCCGUUCGGAGGGAAAACGUCGGCUUAUCGAGCAUUGGCCGGUGGGCUUGCGGAUCUUUGCGAAAGGGGAGAAAUGGAAGAAAACAAGGUUCAAAUAUGCGUCAUCAACCCCAAGUCGAUAACCAUGGGGCAGUUAUAUGGUCGUUUCGACCCAGCCUCACACGAAUGGACGGAUGGCGUCCUUGCCAUUAAUUAUCGAAAUUUUGCUCAAGCUCAAACGCCCGACAGGAAAUGGCUCAUAUUUGAUGGACCUGUCGAUGCGAUCUGGAUUGAGAACAUGAACACUGUGCUCGACGAUAAUAAAAAGUUGUGCUUGAUGAGUGGCGAAAUUAUCCAGUUGAGCCCCCCAUGUAACUUGAUUUUCGAACCCAUGGACCUCGAGGCUGCCUCCCCUGCCACCGUUUCUCGAUGUGGAAUGAUUUACAUGGAACCAAUCACACUCGGAUGGGAACCCCUUUUCUAUUCUUGGCUAAACACGCUUCAAGAAUUUGUCCCAGACCAGAUUAAAGAAUAUUUAAAGGAGUUAUUUCACCGAUUUUGUCCCACGUUGCUUCACUUGGUGCGGAAAGGUGGUCUCAAGGAGCAUUCUCCAACUACUAAUUCAGGACUGGUGAAAUCCGCCAUGAAUAUUAUCGAGAGUUUGAUGGAUGAAUACAAGGAGGAAAAAUAUCCCAAAACUUUGACGUUAAAUACGCAACUUUCUCGGAUUGAAGGAAUUUUUGUGUUUGGAAUUACAUGGAGCAUUGGAGCUAGUACGGAUGAAGAUGGUCGUGUAAAGUUUGACAAAUUAUUUCGGUAUUUAAUCGACACCAAGGCCCAGGAAGAUGCUGCAGAGAAGAAAGAACGGAAGGGAAGCAUCAACCAUCCCCCGAAAGGAAUGGUCUACAAUUACAACUUUCUGAAAGAGGGGCCGGGUACUUGGGAAGCGUGGGAAGACUCGCUGCAAAAUGCUCCAGCAAUUCCAAAAGAAAUAAUGAUGAAUCAAAUCAUUAUUCCGACGAUUGACACGGUCCGUUACAGCACGCUGAUGAAGAUUCUCGUCACUCAUGGGAAACCCCUGCUUUUAGUGGGACCAACUGGAACUGGAAAAUCGGUUUACAUUACGGAUUUCCUCUUGAAAAAAUUGGACAAGAAUGUAUACCGACCUCUUUUUGUUUCGUUUUCUGCUCAAACGUCUGCCAACACGACGCAAGACAUCAUCAUGAACAAAUUGGACAAGAGAAAGAAGGGAACGUAUGGCCCACCCCCUGGGAAGAAAUGCGUAGUGUUUGUAGAUGAUCUGAACAUGCCAAUAAAAGAGACUUAUGGGGCACAACCUCCAAUCGAGUUGCUGCGACAAUGGGUGGAUCACGGUUUGUGGUACGAUCGCUUCGACUCGACCCCCAUUCAUUUGAUGGACGUGCAGCUAAUGUGUGCAAUGGGUCCACCUGGUGGAGGGCGAAAUUCUAUAACUCCCCGAUUCCUCCGACAUUUCAAUACAAUAACGAUAAACGAAUUUAAUGAUGAGACCAUGCUGACAAUUUUCAAUCGCAUUAUGAUGUGGCAUUUGGAUGCAAAGUACAUAACAUUGCCGACAUAAUUCGUUUUGGGCUUGCUUAAUCUGUAUGUCGAAUUUUUUCAGAGGCUUCUACCAACCCCUGCCAAGUCUCAUUACCUGUUCAAUUUAAGAGAUUUUGCUCGAGUCAUUCAGGGAGUAUUACUAUCCAUGCCUGAAGUAAUUUUGGAUACUGCAUCCAUGAAGAGAAUGUGGAUUCAUGAGGUCCUUCGGGUCUACUACGAUCGCCUGAUUGAUGACGAAGACAGAGGUUGGCUUUACGGAGCACUGGGAGAUAUCUGUUCUGACUUUUUGGACGAAGAUUUCCACCAGUUACUUAUCCGUCUAGAUUUGGAUGGUGAUGGAGUGGUUUCCGAGUAUGAACUACGAAGUCUAAUGUACUGCGAUUUCGGAGAUCCAAAAGCAGACACGCGAUUUUACAACGAAGUUAAAAACUUUGACGAAUUGAAAACCAUUGUGACCGGAUUAUUGGACGAAUUUAACCGAAUGAACACAAAGCGAAUGAAUCUUGUCUUAUUCAGAUUCGCAAUCGAGCAUUUGACAAAAAUCUGUCGAAUUUUAAAACAACCCAAAGGCCACGCACUUUUGGUUGGUGUUGGAGGUUCUGGAAGACAAUCGUUGACCAGACUGGCGGCCCACAUCAUGGAGGAUGAACUCUUUCAAAUUGAAAUCCACAAGACCUACGGACUCAACGAGUUUCACGAGGAUCUCAAAAUAUUUUUGAAAAAAUCCACAUUUACCGAAGGUCAAGGAGUAUUUCUCUUCUCGGAUACGCAAAUUAAGGAGGAAUCCUUUCUGGAGGAUGUCAACAAUCUCCUCAACUCUGGAGAGGUUCCGAACCUCUUUGCGAAUGAUGAAAAAUUUGAAAUUUGUGAAAAAAUGAGAGUAAUCGAUCGACAAAAGGAUAGAAGUUUGCAAACCGAUGGAAGUCCUCUUGCCUUAUUUAACUUGUUCAUUGAACGAGCAAGACAACAACUUCACAUCGUGCUGGCUCUCAGUCCAAUUGGUGACGGUUUCAGAAAUCGACUUCGAAAGUUCCCUUCCUUGGUUAAUUGUUGUACGAUUGACUGGUUUGAGAACUGGCCGGAAGACGCUUUGGUCGCUGUUUCCACAAGAUUCUUGGCAGACAUAGAACUGACCAAUGAACAAAGAGAAGCUUGCAGUUACAUGUGUCGUUAUUUUCACCAGUCCACUGAAAGGCUGUCCAUCCAAUUUAAGGUAGAAUUGAGCCGGUACAAUUACGUAACUCCGACCUCGUAUCUGGAGAUGAUUUCCACAUUCAAGACCUUACUGCACAACAAGAGAGCGUUCAACAAAGCUACAAAACGAAGGUAUGAAAUCGGUCUGGAGAAACUGGACAGUGCUGCAGGACAAGUCAGCGUCAUGCAGGAUGAGCUGACAAAACUACAACCUGCAUUAAUCGAGGCGUCAAAACAGGUGGAAGAAAUUGUGUGGAAAGUGGAGAAAGAAUCUGCGGAAGUUGCCGCAGUAGAAAUUGUGGUGAAAGCUGACGAAGCCCAAGCCGGAGAACAGGCCGCUGCCGCGAUGGCCAUCAAAACGGAAUGCGACGCCAAUUUGGCAGAGGCCUUACCAUUACUGAACGGAGCUCUGGAAGCACUGAAUACCCUGACCACUGCAGAUAUUGCGGUUGUAAAAACCAUGAAAAAUCCCCCAAACCCGGUCAGACUUGUCAUGGAGGCGGUCUGCAUUCUAAAGGGUGUGAAACCGGAAAUGGUGACGGAGCAGGGAACCGGGAAUAAAAUAGAGGAUUACUGGGGUCCCUCGAAACGAGUCUUGGGAGACAUGAAAUUCUUGGAAACAUUGCUCGGCUUCGAUAAAGACAACAUUCCUCUCGCAAAUAUUACAAAAAUUCGUCAAAAGUUCAUCGGAAAUCCGGAUUUUGAUCCGGUUAAAAUCAAGUCUGCUUCUACGGCUUGUGAAGGUCUUUGCAAAUGGGUCAUGGCGAUAGAAAAGUACGACAUCGUGGCACGAGUGGUGGCCCCGAAAAAGGCCGCGUUGGCCGGGGCUGAGGCCACGUACGGGAUAGCGAUGGCUGCCCUGGAGAAGAAACGGGCGCAACUCGCCGAGGUUCAAGCUCGGCUUGCCAUCCUGCAGGAAACUCUGUUUCAAAGCAGAGCUCGGAGACAAAAGUUGGAAAAUGAUGUUAACCUAUGUUCCAAAAAGUUGGAGAGAGCAGAACAAAUUAUUGUUGGUUUGGGGGGAGAAAAAGGGCGUUGGCAGCAAAUUGCUAUCGAUCUUGGGGUCGCGUAUCCUUACUUGACGGGAGAUGUUUUGCUGUCAUCGGGGAUUAUCGCGUAUUUGGGGGCUUUCACUUCAAAGUAUAGAGAUUCUCAGAUUGAUGAAUGGUUCAAGAAAGUUGUGGAUUUGGAUAUUCCGAUUUCAAAGAAUUAUACUUUCGCGACAACGCUUGGAGAUCCUGUGGCUAUUCGGGCUUGGAAUAUUGCCGGGUUGCCUUCAGACUCCUUUUCAACAGAUAAUGGAAUCAUUGUUAGUCACGCACGACGCUGGCCACUAAUGAUUGAUCCGCAAAGCCAGGCGACUAAAUGGAUCAAAAAUUUAGAAAAGAAACGCAGUCUUACCGUCGUCAAAUUAAGUGAUAGUAAUUUUACUCGAAAGUUGGAAUCAGCCAUUCAAUUUGGAACUCCAUUUCUAAUUGAAAAUGUUCAAGAAGAACUCGACGCCGUGUUGGAGCCUGUUCUGCUCCGACAAGUUUUCAAACAAAGUGGCUCCCUUUGCAUUAAGCUGGGUGAAGCACUUUUGGAGUACAAUAGUGAUUUUAGACUGUACAUCACAACAAAACUUAGAAAUCCGCACUAUGUACCAGAAAUUUCGGUGAAAGUGACCCUGCUCAACUUCAUGAUUACCACGUUGGGGUUGCAAGAUCAGUUGUUGGGAAUUGUGGUAGCUCGAGAAAAUCCAGACUUAGAAGAAGAAAGAACGCAGCUUGUUGUCCAAAGCGCAGAUAAUAAACGACAACUGAAAGAAAUUGAAGUAAAAAUCCUCGAAGUUUUGUCCACCUCGCAAGGAAAUCUACUCGAAGAUGAAACCGCCGUAAAUGCGUUGAGCUCCUCGAAAACUUUGGCGAAUGAAAUUACCAUAAAACAAGCCGGGUCUGAAGAGACGGCGAAAAAGAUUAACGAGAAACGCUUGGAGUACACGGAAAUUGCUGAAUAUUCUGCAAUUUUGUUCUUCUGUAUCGCUGACAUUGGUGGAAUUGACCCCAUGUAUCAGUACUCGCUCACCUGGUUUGUCAACCUGUUCGUCAAUUCGAUUGAUUUAGCGGAUCGGUCAGACGUUAUGGCUGAACGAAUAGAAAAUCUUAAAGAGCAUUUUACAUACUCUUUGUACCUCAACGUUUGCAGAAGCCUGUUCGAAAAAGACAAACUCCUCUUCAGCUUCAUCCUGUGCAUCAGUCUUAUGCGGGAAGAGGGCAAAAUCAACCCGGAAGAGUGGUUGUUCCUCUUAACUGGUGGGGUUGGGCUGGACAACCCAAAUAUCAAUCCAUCAGCCUGGCUUCCAGCAAAAUAUUGGGACGAACUUUGUCGUUUGGAUGAUUUGGAGGCUUUCAAAGGGAUCAAAGACGCCUUUGUGGACAACGUUUCCAGCUGGAAGAAAAUUUAUGACAGCAUGACUCCGCAAAACGAGAAGCUCGUGGCACCUUGGGAAGACAAGUUGGCUCCAUUUCAAAAGUUGAGCGUUCUCAGAUGCCUUCGACCAGAUAAAAUGGUUCCGGCGAUUCAAAACUUUGUUGCAUCGAGCAUGGGACAGAAAUUUAUCGAACCACCUCCAUUUGACUUGUCGAAAUCGUAUGCUGAAUCUCAGAGCCAUAUUCCUCUCAUUUUCGUACUCACGCCUGGCGCUGAUCCGACCGCGGUGCUAUUAAAAUUCGCGGCCGACAUGGGUUUCGGGGGAGAGAAGCUGCAAGCCUUAUCACUCGGCCAAGGUCAGGGGCCCAUUGCCGUCAGGAUGAUUACUGAAGCGACAAAAUAUGGUUCCUGGGUUGUCUUGCAAAACUGUCAUUUGGCAAAAAGUUUUAUGCCCACGUUGGAAAAGAUAUGCGAAGAGUUAUCUCCAGCAACGACGCAUCGCGAUUUUAGAAUGUGGCUGACAUCAUAUCCCUCUCCAGAUUUCCCCGUCCCAGUUUUAGAGACGGGAAUAAAGAUGACCAACGAACCUCCGAAAGGACUCCGUGCGAAUGUUGUGCGCUCAUAUCUCAGCGACCCUGUAAAUGACCCCGAGUUUUUUGAUGGUAGCAAACAACCAACGUCCUUCAAAAAGUUGUUGUUUGGACUUUGCUUCUUCCACGCGUUGAUUCAAGAACGACGAAAAUUCGGCCCAAUCGGUUUCAACAUUCCGUACGAAUUCAAUGAAACUGAUUUACGAAUUAGUGCGACGCAAUUGCGAAUAUUUUUGGAUGAGUAUGACGAUAUUCAAUUUGACGCUUUACGAUACUUGACGGGCGAAUGUAAUUACGGAGGAAGGGUCACCGACGACUGGGAUCGACGGACUCUGAUCACAAUUUUGGGGAAAUUUUACUGCCCGGAUCUCGUAAAUGUGAAACACUUCAAACUUGACGUUUCUGGGGAUUACUACGUUCCAACGGCCAGUUUUCAUGAAGAGUUUGUCACUUACGCUCAAUCUUUGCCACUUAUCAGCAGCCCCACAGUAUUCGGAAUGAACGACAAUGCAGACAUUACAAAGGAUCAGAAUGAAACGGAACUGCUAUUUACCAACAUUUUGCUGACUCAGAGCAAAAUAUCCAGCGGGGGAGGAGGGAAAACUCCGGACGAAUUGGUUAUCGAAGUAUCUGCCGAUAUUCUCAACAAAUUGCCGGCAGACUUUGAUAUUGAUGCAUCCCUGAAAAAAUAUCCAACUCUGUACAAUCAGUCCAUGAACACGGUGCUGGUUCAAGAAAUGGGGAGGUUCAACAUUUUGCUCGUUCUCAUUCGCAGCAGUCUUAUCAACGUGCAGAAAGCGAUCAAAGGUCUGGUCGUGAUGUCCAUGGAGUUGGAAGAGGUUGUCAAGAGCAUUCUCACCUCAAGAAUUCCGACACUUUGGAAAGGAAAGUCUUAUCCUUCGUUGAAACCGUUGGGCAGUUAUGUAAACGACUUUCUUGCAAGGUUGCAAUUUUUACAGGAUUGGUUCAACAACGGUCCACCUCCACAAUUUUGGAUUUCCGGAUUCUUUUUUACUCAAGCUUUCUUGACGGGUGCGCAACAAAAUUAUGCUCGAAAAUAUCAGAUUCCUAUCGAUCUCUUGGACUUUGACUUUCUCGUUCUCGACGACAUUGAAUACACUGAACCCCCAGAGGACGGGGUUUACGUACACGGCUUAUUUAUCGAAGGAGCCCGUUGGGACAGGGAGUUGAAGGAACUCAACGAGUCAAAACCAAAAGUUUUGUAUGAUAUUUUGCCCGUGCUCUGGCUUGUUCCAAUGCUCCGUUCCAAAAUUCCCGAGCGUCCGUCCUACAUUUCUCCAGUAUACAAAACUUCGGAACGUCGCGGAACAUUGAGUACAACAGGUCAUUCGACUAACUUCGUUAUUCGUGUCAUGCUCCCGAGUAAUCGACCUCCGGAACACUGGAUUAUGCGAGGAGUCGCCCUUCUCUGCCAACUUAGCGCAUAAGAAAAUAAUAAUAUUUAUGCAAAUACCUACACUAUGCAAGUAAUCCAGUCAUCACAUUUCAACGUCUGUCUCAGCGACACGUUGACUCCGUGUGCACUUCUGUAUCGUAAUUUUACUUUAAACCUCUAAAUAUCGUAAUGCAAUUGACAUGCAAUAACAAAAUAAA